AUGAGCGAUACGGAGGAAGGCAACCUUACGAGCUUCUUAAAAGAAGACUCCGUCUCCUCGGAGCAACGAGAGUUCAAUGAUCUUUCAAGUAAUGCCAAGCUAGAGCGGUUGAACCAUUUGAUCAAGCAAACAGAGGUAUACUCGCAGAUCAUCCUUGACAAUAUGCUUGAAAAAUCGCUCGAGAAGAAGAAGCUACAGAAACGCCAGGACAAGCUAAGAAAGCGUGAAUUACGCCAGGAGGCAAGAGCAAAAUACGAAGAGCAAAAGAAAGUAGCUGCCAAGGAAGGUAAAGCAGAGCCAAGUGUUCCUGAUAUCUUGCUUUCUGAUUCAGAGCCAGAGAGUGAGCCAGAAGAUGAGCAUCCCCCUACGCCGAAGCUGGAGGAGCAGCCAGAGGAGGCUUCAGAUUCAGAUCUAGAGGUUCUCGAUGUAAAGCUGACCCGAACACGCAGAGCAGCCAGGAAAGGAGGCAGAAGUAAGAAAAUGCAGAAACCGAUGAAGGAAAGUUCCAAAAAAAUUAGAGAAACCAGAAUGGCAAUUGAGAGUGCUCAAACAGCACACAGUCAAUUGCAGCCGAAGCUCGUGACGGGCUGUGAUAUGAAAGACUACCAAUUGGAUGGUUUGGAGUGGCUUGUCACACUAUAUGAGAACGGCCUCAAUGGUAUCUUAGCAGAUGAGAUGGGUCUAGGCAAAACGCUUCAGUGUAUCUCAUUGAUAUGUUAUCUUCUUGAGCAUAAGGUUAAAGGGCCUUUCUUGAUUGUUGCUCCGCUUUCAACUGUCAACAAUUGGUGCAACGAGUUCGAAAAGUUUGCACCAUCCGUUAAGGUGAUCAAAUACACAGGGCCAAAGGAGAGCAGGCAAAAUAUCACUUUCAACAAGAAAUUGAGAGGAAAGGUCGUUAUCACCUCAUACGAGAUAGUGAUCAGGGAUUUCAGCAAGGUUUCAAGGGUAUCCUGGAGCUACUUGACUGUUGAUGAGGGCCAUAGACUCAAGAAUUUUGAGUGCUUGUUGAUUCAGAAGCUCAAAAGGGUGGAUGCCGCUAAUAGAUUACUCCUCACAGGUACGCCUUUACAAAAUAACUUAAAUGAGCUCUGGUCCCUUCUUAAUUUCAUUUUACCAGAUAUUUUUGGUGAUCUCGAAUUGUUCCAGCUGUGGUUCAACUUCGAAGAGUUUGUGAGUGGAAAUGAAGAUGAUGACAGAAUGUUAAAGGAAGAUGUGAGGAGGAAACUUGUGAAGAGUCUUCAUUCCAUUUUGAAGCCGUUCCUUCUUCGAAGACUCAAGAUCAAUGCAAUGAAAACCUUGCCUCCUAAGAAGGAGUACAUCGUGUACGCAGAUUUAACCCCUGUUCAAAGGGCAUUUUAUGCUGCAAUUGUUCACGGUGAUAUUCGAGAUUCGGUCACAGAGCUUCAUGCCAAGGAGUUACUUAUCAAAAACCACCCUGAAAAAUUCACAAAACCUGAGCACCUCGAUCCUGUUCAAGACAUAAUCCACCUGAGAAAGGCCUCAGAGAAAGACGUUCUAGACGAUGCUGAUGGAAGAGCAACUCAAAGAGAUAGGCGGCAAGUUUACUCUAGAAAGCUACUCAAGAAUUUCGAGAAUGGUAACCUAGAUGCUUUGGAUUACCUUAGCGAAUCUGACGCUUCAGCGACGGAAGAAGAGCUUAGUGAAGAAAUCACGAGUGGCGAUGAAGAUUAUCACGAUGCAUCCGAAACACAAAAUGUUGAUUCCGAGACAUCCUCGAGCGACAAAGAUGGAAAUGAGACUAGAGAUGAUAAGAAUACAGCAAAUACUGAUCAAAAUGGGGAUCAGAAAAUUGAACCAUCCGCUCCAAAUGAGCAAAAUGGUGAAAAUAGCGAUCAUUUGAAAGUAUCAACAAGUCUUCAAGGUGAUGAGACUCUAGAGGGAGAGGCGUUGCAGAGAGAGGUCGAGAAACAGACUCAAGAAUUGGAAAACGCUCUCAUGAUGGGUGUGGCCGCAGAAGAACCAGAAACCCCUGCGGAGAAUGGGGCAGUCUUGGAAUUUCACCCGAAAGAUCAAGAAGUCUUGAGAGUGAAAACUACUUCUCGUGAAUGGAUACCUUAUCGCGCAUCGGGGCCAACCCAAAAUGGCAUCACACGCGAGGAACUCAAAAACAGCUCCUUGAGCAGGAAGCUUCAAAAGACACUUCAUGAUGUCAUACUGGGCGACCACUCGACUGGUGUCUCUAACGGAGGAUCUAAGAAAAGACGGAGGAGACCUCUUAGGGGAAAAAGAGCGAGAGCUCGCGUUCAGUCUAUUUCAGAUGAGCUGGAUAUUGAAGUCAUCGAAAUCAAAGAUGAUUCCGAUCUCAGUGAAGAGGAAAAGAGAAGGGAGCUUUGUCUGGAGGCCGUCGACAUAGCCAGACGGCAUGUUGUGCACCAACACCUUCAAAAUACGGUGAUGCAGCUAAGAAAGGUCUGCGGUUCACAUUACACAUUCUAUGAACCCUACGUUGUUCACAAUGAGCUCGACGAAUUCGACCCAGCAGCAGUGAAAGACUUUCUGGAGAAGAUUCUCGAGCACUCCGGAAAAAUUCAAUUGUUCAACCAGCUCUUGGACAAAUUAAUGGACGAUGGGCACAAGGUUCUUGUUUUCUCACAAUUUCAGAAAAUGCUCGAUGUGAUUGAAAUCGUCUUGACAGACAAAGGCAUACCCUUCAAUAGACUCGAUGGAUCUACCUCUCAGGACGAGAGAGAAGACGCAAUGAACGAAUUCAAAGAGAAAGGAGAUGAUUCAAGCAAGGUCUUUUUGCUCUCCACGAGAGCUGGUGGCUUGGGAUUAAAUUUGGUCAGUGCCGACACAGUCAUUCUUUUUGAUAGUGACUGGAACCCUCAGAUGGACCUCCAAGCCAUUGACCGUCUCCACAGAAUCGGUCAGACCAAUCCCGUGAAAAUUUUCAGACUUGUGGUUCGAAACACUGUGGAGGAAUUGUUGAUUGUUAAAAGUUUCAGCAAGAGACUUUUGGAGAGAAUGGUCAUACAGCUGGGGCACUUCCAACUUGGAAGAGUUGCGAAGAAAUUGGCCGAAGAGAAAAUUGAUCUCGAAAAGUUUACUUCGAUUAGGUCAAUUCUCGAUAUAGGCAAUCGUUUGGAUCUCUACGGCUCUCACGAGGACGAGUUCAACAUGAAGAAUUCAAGCAGUUUUCUUCUCACACCACCACCUCAUGAGGACCCUCUCACACAAGAGGAAAUGCACGAGCUCAUGGACAGAAGCCGUGACUGCUACGCAAGAAAUCCGCUUGACACAAAGUUUGCCAAUGUUACACCUUUCGAAUCUACAAAUACUGUUGAGGAGUAA